GUUGUAACUUGGCGGUCUAUCGUCACGACCGGCCUCAUGAAGUUGAGAAGCAACCCAAUUGUCUCCGUGCCCAUCAAUGCGCAUGCGCCCGCAGCCACCCGUUCCGUCAGCCUUUCCCCCACGGAUUCUCCCAUUUGAAGCGCGAGAAGAAGACUCAUACAGGGAAGAGAAGAAGGGAGCCUUAUGAUCACAAACACCCACAUCUUUCUCGUUGAGUUUGGUUCCGUCCGACUGACCGCCUAGGGGCAACUAGAAAAGAGUGCGCACGCGCAGUGGUUACCGGUGAGUGCGCAGGCGUAGAGUCAUACGGAACGCGUGGGGCUUAGGUUUUUACAGUAGGUUCCACCUGGGCAUCAUGGUGACGGAGAAGGAAGUUGAGCUGAUCGGCCGGACGCUGGUGGAUGCGCAGAGGCCCCUGAAAGCCCGUUUCCGGGCACUCUUCACCCUCCGGAAUCUGGGGGGCCCAGUGGCGGUUGAAUGGAUCAGCCGAGCCUUUGCGGAUGACUCUGCCCUGCUCAAACAUGAACUGGCCUAUUGCCUGGGGCAGAUGCGAGACGAGAGAGCCAUCCCCGUCCUCGCCGACGUGCUCCGGGAUGCUCGUGAGGAGCCCAUGGUCCGCCAUGAAGCAGGUGAGGCGCUGGGAGCGAUCGGAAACCCCAAAGUGCUGGAUAUCCUGAAACAGUAUUCUGAAGACCCUGUCAUUGAGGUGGCGGAGACCUGUCAACUGGCCGUGAAGAGGCUGGAGUGGCUCCAGGAGCACAGGGUGGAACCUGCCGCCAGCCCUUACUCCUCCGUGGACCCGGCACCCCCGGCCGAGGAGGGAGAUGUGGAGUUGUUGCGGCAGGCGCUGCUGGACGAGUCGCGGCCGCUCUUUGAGCGCUACCGGGCGAUGUUUGCGCUGCGGAACAUUGGCGGGGAAUCUGCCGUCUUAGCCCUUGCUGACGGAUUGUGCUGUGGCAGUGACCUCUUCCGUCAUGAGGUUGCCUAUGUCCUGGGCCAGAUGCAGCACGAGUCUGCCAUCCCGCAGCUGACGGUGUCGCUGGAGAGUGCCACGGAGAGCCCCAUGGUGCGCCAUGAGUGUGCCGAGGCCCUGGGCUCCAUCGCCAAGGCCGCCUGCCUGGCCACCUUGCAAGUCUAUGCCCAGGACAAGGAGCGCGUGGUGCGGGAGAGCUGCGAGGUAGCCUUGGAUAUGUACGAUUAUGAAAACGGCGCCGACUUCCAGUACGCCGAUGGGGUGAGCAAGCUGAAGGCCUCGGACUGAAGGAGGGGGCGUCUCUCCUGCGCCCUGCCCCACGCCUCCUCUGCUGGGGCUGCCCAUGGCUUCAGCGUGAUUCAGCGCUCUGCAGUCUGAAUAAUAGCGCCCGAAGCAGAUGGAAAGGGGUGGGACUGUGCCUAUUGCUAAGUUAUUUCUCUCUCUGCUUGGUGGAGGGGUGGGGUGAGGCAGUGUUUACAUCGUAGUUCAAUAGCAUAUUCUGUUCUGGAAAUGGUACACUUUUGCAAAAAAUAAAUAGUCAUCUUCAUCAGUGCUGGUGGAGCCUUCCUCAUGCCAACAUUAGCAUGUAGUGGGCGCUGGGGCAAUUUUGCCAUCUUUCUGUACUCGGGAAGAUCUACCACCAUCACCCAUUUUUAAAGCGAGUCCUACACAACUUGGGAACCUCCAAGCUGAAUGGUUGCAAACACCCUUUCCCCGCCCUUGGUUGGCAGCUUGGCCUAUUCUUCCCCUCUCAUAAUUUGCCCUCAUAACUUGAUGCUUAUUUCUAUUUAUAAGAGUAGCAUUAUAAGAGUAUUAUAAGAGUAGCAACUAAAAACUUUGAAUGUCAGUGCCUUAAACAUCAGGUAAUGAAAGCAAAUUAAGGGGCUGAUGUUCUAAGUUUCUAGUCCCUAUUAUCCUGGAAAUAAACAUUAGCUUAUGAAGGCAAAUUAUUUCACGCUGGUCUUGUAAUUUGCCUUUGUACCCUGAUGUUUAUUUCCAACACAAUAGGGACUGGAAACUUAAAUCAUUACUUACUUUGGGGGCACGAACAGAAAACAGGCAUCCCCAGGCAGGCAGUACAGGAGGUUGUUAUCAAACUUCAGCUUAGCCGGCUGAAGCUUGUGCAAGGCUGUGCCAGGACUGUCUGAGGCAAAAAGGGAGAUCUUUCUUUCUGUUGUGCAGAGUCAUGGAAAGCGGCCACAGAAAGGGACAGGGAGCAAAGAGCUCCAUUUUUGUUCUUUAACCAUGUUGCCCCUUUGACAUAAACCGUUGUUUAUGGCUGGGGGAAAGACACAGGGCUGCCAUUCAGAGGCAGCUGCCUCCUGGAGCAUUGUGACUGCCCGCCUGCUCAAACCACGGUAUUGACUGACAAAGCGUUCGUUUGUUUGCUUAAUUUAUAGACCGCUUCGUGUUUCAACAGAAACCUCCAAGCGGUUUACAAAUCCCAAUGAAAAGGGAAUAAUGCAAGAAUCAAGAUAAGAAAUAGAAUACAAAUCCCACUUUCAAAACCAAACAAUGCUGGUACUGAGUGUCCUGAGCAAAGGCCUCCCAUCGGAAUACUUUUCCCGCACUGCAGGGUCCAGCAUUGGGAGUGUUUAAAACUGGCGGCGCGUGGGCCCCUUGCUCUUCCCGUUUCCGCGUUGGUGUGGUUGAACUCCAGCUCUCUCCAUCCUGAGCCUUGACCACACUGGCUGCAGAUGAUGGGAGUUGGAGUCCACCAACAUUCGGAGAGCCAGCUUCCCCAGUCCUGAUCUAAGAAGAGGCAUUCUUCCAUCUCGGCUUCUGAGAUCAGGAAUGGGGAACAUCUGUGGCCCUUCAGAAGUUGCUGGGACUUCACCUAUCAUUGUCUCUAACCAUUGGCCCUGCUGGGAGUCCAACAGCAGCUGGAGAACCGCAGCUGGAGAGCCACAGCUUCCCCAUCCCUCUGGUUUCAAUACUGAGGGCAGUUCUUAUUGGCAAGAAGAGAACUGUAAACAUUUUAUUUUUAAAAAAUUAAUUCUGGCGAAGAUGGUGCAGGUCAAUAAAACAUGGCCACUAAACAAA